UUAAGCAGGCGAAUCCGUCCAUCGAAGCCUGACGAGAUGUCCGUCAUGGGAAAGCCAGUACUCUACUCCUAUUGGCGGAGCUCUUGCUCAUGGAGAGUGCGAAUUGCAUUGAAUUUAAAAGAAAUUCCAUAUGACAUAAAACCAGUUAGCCUGAUAAAAGGUGGUGGUGAACAACAUUCCAAUGAAUUUCGUGAGAUUAAUCCAAUGGAGCAGGUGCCUGCACUUCAUAUUGACAAUCACACAUUAAUAGAAUCUUUGAAUAUCUUACAAUACCUGGAAGAAACCAGACCACAUCGGCCUUUAAUGCCUGCAGAUCCAGUAAAAAGAGCAAGAGUCAGAGAGAUUUGUGAGGUGAUUGCCAGUGGCAUUCAACCCUUGCAGAAAUAUCAUUUUUUAUUACAAAUUAACAUAGAAAUGAGCAAAAAUUAUUGUUUUUCAGCUGUAGAAAAAUUAUUGUCAUCCAGUGCAGGGAAAUAUUGCGUAGGUGAUGAAAUCACAUUAGCAGACUGUUGCUUAAUACCACAGAUAUUUAAUGCAAGGAGGUUUCUUGUUGAUUUAAGACCUUUCCCAACAAUUUUAAGGGUAGAUCGUCAUUUAGAGAAUCAUCCUGCUUUCACUGCAGCUCAUCCAAACAAUCAGCCUGAUUGUCCCCCAGAGGCAACCAAGUAGCAAGCAAG